AAUAAAAGCAUGGAAUGUUGUUGAUUGCGGUAAGACAACAGCACGUCAGUACUUGGUGUGCAGCCUGUUACCAUGGGGAACUUGUUUGGGAAGAAGGAAAAGAAAUCAAGAGUGACGGAACAAGAUCGGGCUAUUCUUCAACUCAAACAACAAAGAGAUAGCCUUAAGCAAUACCAGAAAAAGAUUAAUGCUAAUUUAGGAAAAGAGAAAACUAUUGCUCGACAGUUGCUUAAGGAUGGAAAGAUCGAUAAGGCAAAAUUACUCCUACGGAAAAAGAAGUUCCAGGAGGGUUUAUUGGAGAAGACAGAUGGGCAGCUAGAGAACAUUGAGAAAUUGGUUCAUGAUCUUGAAUUUGCUCAAAUCGAAGCCGAAGUGGUCAAGGGACUCCAAGUGGGAAAUGCUUCACUUAAGAAGAUGCACCAGCUGAUUUCACUGGAAGAUGUUGAGAGAAUCAUGGAUGAAACACAAGAUGGACUAGAAUAUCAAAGGGAAAUGGAUGAAUUGUUAUCUGGUGGACUUAGUGAACAAGAUGAACAAGAUGUCUUGGAUGAACUAGAUCAAAUUGUUAAGGCGAGUCUGCCCGAUGUUGCAGCAGGAGAAGGACCACUGAACCUGCCCGACGUUCCAAGCGACAAGAUCGCAGAAAAAAGACAGAAAGAAACAAGAACUGCGGAGGCAUUGGAAGCAUCCUGAUAGAACGAUGUCUGCUAGAACACCAUUCAGUGAUUGGCAGACGAUUGUACAUAAAACCAAAACCUAAAUUAUUUUCUUUUGUAUUGAUUAACGUGCAUCUCCAACCCAUUCUUUGACUUCUGUCAUUUCCCAGUGAAAAAACAAUCCACCUUAUGGUAAACAUUAUAAGACAGAUAAAGGGUCGUGCAGUAGAAUGGUGUUUCCCCCAAAAAAAAACCAUUAUGAUAGACUUUGCAAACGUCACUUUUGUUUUGUAAUAAAUCAACAACUGGAUAAUUAUUCAAGUUCACACAGUCUGUUUUGCUAAACCGGUGACUUCAAGAAUAUAGUAAGAAAAAUAAAUAUUAGUUGGUAGGGAUGCACAGUAUACAUAUAUUUUGAUUCAAAAGGUAUAUAAUAUGUAUCACAAUACACCCUGUUGGCACUGAUACAUUCAGUAAUUUCCAUAUUUUAAGUUCAUUGUCAAUCGUAAAUGCUGAUAUCUUGUCUUUGACUGGUUCUCUCAACUGCAUUUUUGUGAAAAAGAAAGGGACUGGAGUAACACAGACGUGAUCCAUCUAUUUUGAAGUUUAAAGACUUGUCAACUUUAUCAUGAAUUUUUGUUAGUUUGUUCGAAGCUUUCCUCAAAAUGCUGUUUAUUGCUGCUAUAAAUAAGUAUGAUACGUAUUGUGAAACAGGGUAUCCAUUAUAUCACAAUAUAUUGGUAUACAAAAUAAUCGUCAUACCCAUCCCUAGCAGUUAGGAAGUUUAAGGAAGUUAAUUUCUGUUCUGUAUUGAAUGAAAUCUGCAACAAAACACCCCAGCACAUUUAAAGUACAUUUGUAGAUAUAAAAAAACCAGUCAUCUUUUUUUUCUUAGAAAUUCAAGAUUUUAGUGCUUUUCCUGGUUCUUUAAUGAAAAAUAUUACUGUUAGGCCAAAAAUAGAUACAUAGCUAUGGUCUCUCCUCAUUUUGACCUCUUCAAAAUUUCCCUCAGUAGCUACAACAAUGUUGUCUAUACUAGAAAUAAUGCUGAGCUACCUUAAAUAACAAUAUUGUGAUGUACUACAACAUUGUAGGUCAAAAUUAAGUCCUUUGGGGCAAAGUCGAAGUCAACAGAUGCAAUGGCUUUAUGCAAAAUGUGAUGAACUCAUUCUUUACCAAGGCAAAUGAAUGGGCACCAUGACAGAUGGAUAAAAAACCACAAAAAAAAAUGCAUACAUAUACACAUAUACACACAUAUACACAGAUAUAUAUUCCCACCUUUUCUGUGCAAUUCAUGCUUUUCCAGAAAGAAAAAACUCUGAAAAAACCCACAUCCCUGCAUUAGUUCUGGACGAUUGCUCCAACCAGAGAGACGUUUGUGUUUUUUUGUCUAACCCCUGCAUUUGAAGGACUGCAGUUUUUACUAAGUGUCAUUGUGAUCACUGUGUUCUAGUGAGGGAAGAAACCAGAUGUGUAUUGUCCUAUAAUCAGAAAAAGACAUGUUUUUGUUGGUUGAAAUGGGACACACCACCUCUCCCCUGUGAGAUUGAUCCUACAAAAUGUAGAAAUUUAGUUCAGUAUUUUGUGUCAUGGUGUGCAUGACGUUCUUUUGGUGCUAACAAGGGGUUGGGAUAUAAAAUAUACUUUUAUUUUUAGAAUGUGUGAUGCAUUUUAUCAUGGCAUUUCAGGGUCGUUCCGUUUCAAGUCACUGUGUAUGCUAAACCCCACCCAAUUUGAUUUUUGAUUUUUGAUGAAAACGGGUAUAUAUAGAACAACUAGUUAAUGACGUCAGAUAUUUGCUUUAUCCUGUGAUGGUAAGAAUGGGAAAUUCUGCGAGGCUCUGCAGAGUGGAAUUUCUCAUUUAACCUGAUCAGGAUAAAGCAGAUAUCGGAUGUCAUUAACUAGUUAUUAUCUUAUCCUGCAGACCAUAAAAAUUAAAGGAAAAAGCUAUUAUUUCCGUUAUUUCAGCCACAUUGUAGGAUGACCUAGAGGUCAGAUGAGCCAUAUUGUAAUGUAGUUAUGCGUGUGACAUCACACGAGUGACGUCAAAAGUUGCAUCCUGCUACUAUACAGAUAUGACUUUGCUAUAUCCAUCAUCAUAUUCUAUUAAUAGAAACGGUGGUUGCAGGAUAAAUAAGGUUAUUGUGAUUGAAAAAGCUAAUUUUAAUUUGAUUGGACAAACAGUUAAUCAAUGGACUAACUUGAUCCAGUGAAAAAUGUAAUGAAUUGUUGUACAUGUACUGAACUAAUUUUCACUUGUUCACGUUAUCCCGUAAAUUUCUAAACCUGAAGCAGAUCAUGUUGAUAAUCCACAUUAUAAAAUUGUGAAGAGCGUUUGUUUGGCGAAAUAACUUGUGAACUGGGGUAGGAUUUUCUGUCUCAAUCUUCACAACUUGUGAAAAAAAAAUGGCGGAUCAAACACCAGUCAUUCAUGCAAUUAUGCGUUGGGGUUUGUGAGACUGGAAUGACAAUGCAGAUUGUCAGUAAAUUGCCUGAACACUCUCCACUUGGUGAAGUCAUGUUCAUAAUUUGGAUAAUAAACUCCACAUAAAUCUCGUACCGGCCUCGGUGGCGUCAUGGUAGGCCAUCGGUCUACAGGCUGGUAGGUACUGGGUUCGGAUCCCAGUCGAGGCAUGGGAUUUUUAAUCCAGAUACCGACUCCAAACCCUGAGUGAGUGCUC